AUGGCGACCACACAGCGGCCACCCUUGUUUGUCGCAGAACCCUGCUCUGGAACUGAUGGUCAUCCUCUGAUUCAGAAAGUCUUUAUUGCCAACCGCGGCGAGAUUGCCUGCCGGGUGAUUGCUACUUGCCGGAAGCUGAAUUUGACUUCAAUUGCGGUGUACCUCGAAGAAGACAAGUCCUCUCGACACGUGAGAGAUGCAGACGAAGCAAUUUGCCUUGGAAGCAUCACGGCCGACAAGAAUCCAUUCCUCGAUAUUGAGCUACUCGUGUCAGCUGCACGACAUGCUGGUGCCGACGCUGUCCAUCCGGGAUAUGGCUACCUCAGCGAGAACCCAGACUUUGCCGACAAGGUUAGAGAGGCCGGUCUCAUAUUCAUAGGACCCAGCUCUCUGGCGAUGAUGACGCUUGGUAAUAAGCGCAGCUCCAAGGUCUAUCUUCAGGAGCAUGCUCCCGAGGUUCCAUUGAUCCCUGGCUUCUCUGGUGCAAGCCAAAACGUGGAGGAUCUCAAGCUCGCCGCAGAAUCUAUUGGGUUUCCAGUCAUGCUCAAGGCAUCGUCGGGAGGUGGUGGCAAGGGUAUGCGCAUUGUUAGAGAUGCUUCUCUGCUGGGCGACGAAUUGCAGCGUGUGCAGUCCGAGGCUAGUCGCAGUUUUGGGUCUGCUGAUGCCAUCCUUGAGAAAUACAUUGAGGCCGGAAAGCAUGUCGAAUUCCAGAUCGUUGGCGAUAGACAUGGACGCGUUAUUUCUCUGUGGGACCGCGACUGCUCGUUACAACGUCGCCAUCAGAAGAUCGUCGAGGAGACACCUUGUCCGUGGCUGAGCCAGAGCAUGCGUGAGGCCAUGAGCCAGACUGCUAUACGCAUUGCGGAACUCAUCGGCUACGAGGGAGCCGGUACAGUCGAGUUUGUGGUGGAUGUGAAGGAGGAAAAAUACUACUUUCUCGAGGUCAACGCGCGCCUGCAAGUGGAACACCCCAUUACUGAGGAGGUGACGGGGAUUGAUCUGGUUGCUCUCCAGGUCUACGUGGCCUCGGGCGGGCGCCUCGAUGACCUGGAUGUGCUGCAUCGGAUUUCACAAAAAGGACACGCCAUAGAGUGUCGACUCUGUGCAGAGGAUCCGCAUCACGACUUUUUCCCAGAGCACGGAGUCGUUCGCCUUUGGCAGCCCGCUCCAGGCAUUCUCGGGCCAGGCCGUGACAUUCGCUACGAGACAGCAAUAGAGACAGGCUCGCAAGUCUCGAUUCACUUUGAUUCCAUGAUUGCCAAAAUCGUUGUUUGGGCACCUACACGCGCGCGGGCCAUUGCAAAGACACUAGCUGUUCUGGCUAACACGGCAUGUGUCGGCGUCCGUACAAACCAGCUGUUUCUCCAGAGCUGUCUGCGCCACCCGGGAUUCCGCAGUGACCCAGCUUACACCACGUCUUUCAUCGCGAGACAUAUAGAAUCACUGCUGACCAAUCCAUACACGGGCAAUGCUGGGCAGACGACCUUUGCGUCUCUCGAAUCGAUUCCCAGUCUUGUCCUUCGCGCCAUGCGUGCACGUCAAGCGUCCUCCAAGGGUCACUACGCCUUUCGCAACAUUGCCAAUGGCUUUCGCAACCAACGAUAUGACUUGAUCAACCGCCCGUCCAACUUUGUGGUCACAGUUCACAACGGUGUCGACCCUGCCAAUGCCAAGAAGAAUGCCUCGUUGAGAGUUUGGGAACCGACUGAAGAUCCUCAAACCUUUACCACAUACACUGUUUCGAUGCCAGCAGUCGACUCAGUCGAAGAAAACUCCAAGGAGGCUACCUCGGGGGUGACUACAAGAUAUAACCAAAUCAGCAACGCCAUGCGCACCUGUCAAUGGACCAACAGCGUUGCGGAGCGAGUCACCAUUGAGACUAUUGAGCCCUUGCCUGAAUCCCAUCACGGCCACUGGUCCUCGGUCUUGGCCAUUGCCUCGGUAAAUAAUGUCAAAAAGGUCGUGGUGCUAUGCGCCGAGUAUGGACGCAACGACUCGGCCAGCUCGCAACGCGGCGCGCCGCAGGUCGUCUACGCGCACGUCCCGGCGCUGGGGACCUGGGCCCGGUACGACAUUUACAGCGCGCUGUCCUUUGUCGAGAGCACCCGGGAAGACUACCAGGCAGCGGCAACGGCGGCGGCGGAUUCCCGGCUGGUGAGGGCGCCCAUGCCCUGCAAGGUCCUGCGGAGGCUCAAGGAGGAGGGCGCGCAGGUGCAAAAGGGGGAACAUGUCAUGGUGGUGGAGAGCAUGAAGAUGGAGGUCAGUAUCGUGGUACAGGGAGAGGGGAAGCUCAAGAUUAAUUUUGACAUUGGCGAUUCGGUGGAUGAGGGUGUUGUUCUUUGUGAGAUUCUAUAA